CGCAACAUUCACUCAGCAACACAUCUGCCUCUGUGGAAGGGAGUCAGGACGGGCUCCCCACUGGUGACACUGAAACCCGCGACACACACUCAUCACACCGGGACUUUUUAUUUACUCUUUUAAAGGGACAUGUGAUAUUUUUGGACGGAGGCUGAUACAUUAAAGAUUUGAGUUUUACAGAUGAGAGGAGAAAAGAUGCUCUGCCUGCGUGACUCAGGCGACUGCUUACGGGAGCAGAUGCAGUACAUGAUGAGGUCACUGCAAGACCUGAAACAGCUACGGAGAACCUGCCCUGCAGCCAGACGCCCCCUCAGCACCCAGCUCCCAGCUUUGGUGCGCCACUCCGCAGUGGCACGUGCCUGUCAGCAGCGAGCACUGCAGCGAGAACAGCGCACACGCCUGCGGAUGUCUGAUGCCAGCACAGCCAGUACGUACGACUCUGCCUGCUGCCUGGCGAGUCCUCUGGAGGAGGAGGAUGAGGAAGACUCCAGCAGCCGGCUGGACUUGAGCCUCAGACUGGGCCUGGCCUCACCCAGCAGUCAGAAGAGUUUGGAGUUUGAUUCAGGCUACUCUGAGGCGUCAUGGCAGGAUGAAAGGGUGGUUCUCAGGAGGACCAGGAAUGUGCGGGUGUCAUCUUCAGCUUGUCUCCGCACAAACAGAGCCCCAAGUGGACGCAUUCGACCCAAAUCCACAUCCGACGCCUGUUUGGAGACGUGGACGUCGUUUGAGCUCAGCGACCCAGAGGACUGGACGAACUCUUUGCUGACCAGAGGACGCAACCGCCAGCCUCUGGUCCUGGGCGACAACAGCUUUGCAGACCUCAUACAGAACUGGAUGGACUUGCCAGAUUGUCCCGAGCCCACGGAGCUGAAGCCAACCUCAAAAAGUAGACUUGGAAGAGGUUUUUUUGUCAACAUGAGGAGGAAACUGGUGGGCUUUUCUAAAAGCGUAGAGGACAGAGUGAGGAUGAGAUCCACAGACUCUGCUCACGUUAACAGAACUGCAAACGCCCCAAAGCGUCUGUCCUGUCCAGUCGUGGCAGCGCAGCCCAAAGUCCCCUUUUUCCACCAGUCUCACAUGGGCAUUAAUGAGAUGGACACAGACUUUUACAACUUUGCAGCCCUCAUGAAGUCACGCAGCCGACAGCCAAUAAUCUGCAAAGAUAUCAUUGGCUACGUCUGACACAAAGACACGUACAGACCGGACAAUCCCCCAGAGUCACUUUAUUUUUAUAUGACUGUUUUUUCACUUUUUAUACGCUGUGACUAAGCUAAUGCAAAUAAAGAUGUUUUCAUAAUUUAAA